GUGUGUCUAGUUUUUCUCUACAUUUGUGCAAUACUAAAAUGGCAAGCGAAAAGCGGAAAGAUACCAUCGAUUGGACGGAGUACUUCAUGGCAAUGGCUUUUCUCGCAGCGAAGCGCAGCAAAGAUCCAUCUACACAGGUUGGGGCUUGCAUCGUGAACGAGGACAAACGUGUUGUGGGUAUCGGGUACAACGGGUUUCCCACCGGUUGCAGUGAUGACGAGUUUCCGUGGUCCAAAACGUCGGACAAUCCACUCGAAACGAAGUAUCUGUACGUGUGCCACGCGGAGGUGAACGCAAUUCUCAACAAAAACAGUACCGACGUGAGAAACUGCACCAUGUAUGUGGCUUUGUUCCCUUGCAACGAGUGUGCGAAGAUCAUCAUACAAUCCUCGAUCCGGGAGGUGGUGUAUAUGAGCGAUAAGCACGCACACAAGGAGCAUACGAUCGCGGCAAAGCGAAUGUUUGAUGCUGCCGGUGUUAAGUACACACAGUACAAACCGCCCCACAGUCGGAUAGUGAUCGAUUUUACCGAAAUAGAUUGGGACAGUUUGAAUCAAGUGCCUGCGACUCCGAAAAAGAGCGAUACUACAAAUGAUGAAAUGAAUAUGGGUAAUCUCUCCCUAAAAGAGCGCCACUGAAGAAGCUUUAAUGUAUAGAUCAGUCCUGUUUUAGCAUCUGCAACAAGCAUCAAUCUGAAAGUAAUACAAAGUAUACAGAAACCUACAUCUCACAAGCAGAUUGAAAAUUAUAUUCCUCUAUAUC